CCACCAGUUGAAUCUAGCAGUCCCCUUUCCCAGUUCUAUAAAACUUCUGUGAUUCGCGAGUUGUACGGUAGCGUAGGAUCUUAACUGGUGAGUUGGUCGAAUGACUACCUAAAGCUGCAUUUUACCGGACUGCCGGCGACAUUGAAUUCCCUUAAGUGUGCUUGGCUCCUGAUGGCAGGAUUUCAGGUGAGAAGUUAAAAUUGAAAAAUCUUUAAUCUAGAGGGACCGGAAACGCAAGAAGUACCCACGAAGGCAACGAGCAAUUGAUAGGAGACCGAUCGACUGAGUCGAAGAGGUUAGAAUAAAAACCGUGCUGAAAAUUGGAGUCGUAAACCAUUACAAUGCUCGAGUUAUCCCGAUCUUCAUGUGUGAAGGUGGCAGCUUUGGUCAUCACGAUGAUGUCUCUGAUCGCAGGGAUUGCAGCCUUGCUUACUCCGAAAGUCUGGGUCGAUUGCGGGAAACUCAUGGUGCAAGGCUACAACUCUUGCCAAAUCAACCACAAUGACGAGGAGAUCCCGUAUGCAGGCCCCGAAAAAACGACAAUCCCCGACCUGCGGUUUGGCCUCGUCACUUACGUAUGCGACCACGAGCUGGGCUACUUCAUGUCCGAAGUGGACUGCGAGAAAUGCGGCUUGAACUGCACAGAGGAAGCUUCCGUGGACCCGUCACCCUGUCCGGCCGACCCGACCCAAUUCUGGGCAGGACUCGUCCUAGGCGUGGGCGUCUACGUCUUGAUCGGAGCUCUCACUUACAAGCGACUUUUGCGCCUCCUGGACAACGUUCCAGCCCGGUCGGCCGACGACGUCGCGACUGGGACCCAGGCUCACGACGCGGCCAAGUCGAGUAAAAACGACUGGCCAUGAGUAAUACAUUCACCAACCAAGUUCUAGAGUCCCUUUAUACCCAGAGUUAAGACAACUCGAUUAUCAGCUGACUGGCAGCCGGCCUUGGCUGGCCAUGGAGGCCGAAACGAGUGCACCCAAACGAACGAUAUUGAGGGAUAAGGAUC